UCUUCUGAUUGUACCUUUCCGUUUCCCCAUUUUUAUUUAUUAUUAUUACACCACCUUACAUCAAUCUCUUCGUUAUUAUUCUUUUUUUCCUUCCCCUUAAAUUCUCAUUGUUUUGUGUUGUGCAUAUAUAUUUGGCGCAUUCUUGUACCAAUAUUUACGUGUUCAAAUAAAUAAAUAGACUCAAUGUUGUCUAGAGCAACAAUAUGUCGGAAGAGAGGGAAAGGUGGGCAAACGAAAACAGUCGGAUUAAUUCGUUAGUUUAUUGUCUGUGUGUCUGCGCUCAGUUGGUAGAUUUUGACUUCUUUGUCGGGGUCAGCUUCAUCAUUAUUAGUGUCUAAAUACUUUCAGUGUAGGCUAAAAAUCGGUCGUAGUUCCAUAGAUACAUUCAUUUUUUCUCUAACCUUGAAUUCUUAGCUUCAAUGUCACUUUAUACUUUUUGCUUCAUGGAUUUAUUCGCAUAUCUUAUUCUCUACGUCGCAUCCUUUUUUACUAUCACUGAUUAGAUUGAUUCGACCACCUCCAUAUGUUAACGUGGUGUGGCAACUCGAAUCAGUGAACAUUUAUGCUAGAUUCCUAUCUUGCCUAAAACUGGCUGAAUCCUGGUAAAAGAGUAUGUCCACGACUUAACGGAGACGGACGGCUCUGACAAAUAACACUUAAUGUCACCAUAAGCUCUAAACUGGUUAUUAGUAUUCGAGUAAAUGGCUUCUAGAUUAGUCAUGGUCGGUGGCAUAAAAUCUGUCGCACCAGAAGUAAUCUUUGUUCUCAAAGAAGUUGUACUCAGGAUAGGUAAAUUAGGAUUGAUUUCUAACAAGCCUAAACAAUGAUUGAUUAGUAAUGCAAAUAAAUUUCAGGUCAAUAGAAAAUAUAUUCCUGUUGUUUGUAAGAGCUCACACUAGAUAACCUAUAACCCGGUUAAAUGAUUUGAUAUUUUGUGGUAAAAAAAAUAUUGGUUACACGAGCUUUUUUCAUUCUAUUAUGUGACGAAGAAGUGCAUUUCACAAUUAUUAGUAUUUAUACACUAGACGUAUCCCUACUAAUUUUUAAUCAGAAUGCACAGACUCAAUUGAGAAAAACUUAAAUUUACCAAGGUUUCAUUUUUUUAACAGGACAUUAUAUAAUUAUGUAGUAUGGCUAUUAAGGGCAAACGAAAGUAAAUGGAGUCGUAUCUUCUGCGAAUAUAUGUUGAUUCAGGCCGAUCCACAGUUGUAAUAUAUUGGUAGAAAGUUAAGAAAAUAAUUAUAGAGAUAAAAACAAUCAUAUCGACAAUGAAUUGAAGCUGUGUAUAAUUAUUAAUUGUAAUAUAUUUCACCUGUGUAAUCUUCGCAAGAACAUUUCUGAUAUCUGUUCAAUAAUGAAAUACUUUAACUUUUUAUUCCAGAUAUCUAUUAUUCAUUUUUUUUAUUUAAAAUGCGUGUUUUGGAAUUGUAUGCAGGAAUAGGAGGAAUGCAUAUUGCUUUUAAAGGGUCUACUGUGAAACAUGAAGUAGUUGCUGCCGUAGAGAUAAAUGAUGUUGCAACUGAUGUAUAUAAGUACAAUUUCCCCAAUACAUUGACGCUAAAUCGUGUUAUCGAGAGUUUUAGUCCAGACUAUGUGUGCAGCUUAAAUGCAAAUAUAUGGAGUCUCUGUCCACCUUGUCAGCCAUUCACAAGGUUAGGGAAACGCAUGUGUGAAGCAGAUAAGAGGAGCUCUUCGUUUUUUCAUGUUCUUGAUCUAAUAAGCAUUCUGAAACCAACAGGAAUUAUACUUGAGAACGUAAAGGGAUUUGAACAUUCUGAACCAUGGCGACAACUGAUAGAAGUACUAAACAGUUGUGAUUAUGAAUAUCGACAAUUUUUACUUUCUCCUCUGCAAUUCGGCAUACCUAACUGUCGCCUUCGUUUCUAUCUUCUUGCUCGUUUGCGUUCAUCAUCUUGGAAUUCAAAUUUUAAGAUGGGACAAUCCGAGUCGAUUGAUAUGCGACCACCGGUCGAUGCACCGAUGUUACCUGGCUGUCAAUGUACUUCAUGCAGUGGUGUUAUCAGCCAUAUAGAACAUACAGAUGACAAUUUCACUGAAUAUAUCCAGUUCUGUCGACCAAUAUCGGAGUUUGUAUUGGUACCAAGUGAUAGUCCUAAAGAGUUAUACUUUCUAGAUGAGAAGUGCCUUCAACGUUAUUUCCGUGUACUUGAUAUCGUCAGGUCUUGUGAUAAGAAAACAAGAUGUUUUACAAAAGGUUAUUCAAAACGAUUGGAAGGUACAGGAUCUGUAUUUCAAACAUCUAUGGAAAAUGAAACAAGUGAAAAAAUAACCAACUACUAUGAGGCCAAUAAAGAAGAUGAACAAGCUGUGUUACAGUAUGCCAAACUAUUGAAACUACGUUUUUUCCAUUCUCGUGAAGUAGCCAAUAUGAUGUGUUUCCCAAAAAGUUUUGAUUUUCCAGAACACAUAACGGAGAAACAACGUCUUCGUUUGUUGGGUAACAGUGUGAAUAUACUUGUUGUCAGUCACUUAAUUUACUGGGUUUUUGGGACGUAUUGAAAACAAUUUACUCCUUAUUAAUUUUAUACUAUGUAAAUAAACAUACUAUUUUUAAUAAAGCAAACGAAUAUAUUCUGUAAACUAAACAUUAUUUCUCGCGUAAAACCAGAACGUACACCAUUUGAGAAUGUAUAAUCACCAAAACUGGGAGACUAGUAGAACGUCUACCUUGUCAAACAAAUAUUUUCCAACGUUUAUCCUAAGUUAACCUUAUUUACUUUCUGGACGAUUGAUUUCGCCGGAGACGAUAUACGUAUUUAUUGGCGAUUAUUAAUCUGACUGUCACAUAAUAUCGUAAUCCUCUGUCAAUAGCAACCUCAGUCUCCUCCUAUUCAGAAUUCAAAGUGAGACCCCUAACCCCGUUCUGAAAUACAAAAUUUUCAGGUGAUUCUAGGCUGAUUAUUUGUCAGCCAUUUUGGCUGCCAUAAGCUGUCUACAAUACAAUGGAUAAGUAAUUCGGUCUUUUAUCACUGCUGCCCGAUUUAAC